AUGGCCCGCUCAGACGCCCUCGGCCGCUGGCUGCGCGACUCGAGUCGCUCCCCCGCGCUCCUCGCGCGCCCGGGCGCCGCACCCCCCGGCGCACCCGGCGCGCGCCGCCCCGUGCUGUCGAGCGUCGAUCGCCGCGCGCUCGAGCGCGAGCUCCGCUGGUGGCGCGUGCGCGGCGCGCUGUGUAUAGCGACGCUGGGCGCGGUGCUUCUGAGCGAUCUCGCAGGCGCGUUCGGACAUCGUCCGCCCUCUACGUUUGACGCCGCGAUUCCGUAUAUGCCUAUUUAUAUCUUUGUAUCUGUACUCUGGACCGCCUGGGAUCCGACGUGGGCAUCGCUGCGGCAGGCCCAGCUGCAAGGCCGGAAAGUGCGUGUACGAGGUAAACUCCAAUACGCUGUGAGCGCGCGCGCCCUCCUGCCUCUUUUGCGGUUCUUCGAGACUGACGACGCGGCGGGCCGCUCAAGUCGUUGCAGAUGUUUGCUUGGUUCUCUCGUAUGCUCGCGGCGUGCUUCGUCGCCUCGGCACAUCGUCGGCCGGCGUGGGACGUCCUGGACCUGUUGA